CAGCUUUUUUCUUGUAUGAUUUUCUUUAAGGGUCUGAUCGUUGGUGGAUCAUUUGCAUUGAAGGAAUUCACUGAGAUAAAAAUUAAGCGCCGGGAUGAAAAGAUAUACAGGUUGAACAGGGAAGAAGCCCUAAAAGCGUUACCCAACAAGGGAAGAGAAGUGUUAAUAGAGGAGGCAUAGAAGGAUAUUGCCAAAAAUUUAGAUAUUGACCACUGGGAAAACAAACGAGGACCACGUCCAUGGGAAGAAUAGCCAAUAUCAUGAAAAUCAAAACAAAUAAAUCUUCAGCUUGCAGAAAAGUCACCUAGCCUUUUUGGUCAACAUCCAACCUGCACUGAUCUCAGCAGAGAGAUUUGACCAAAUAUUACUUACUACCAAGUCCUGUCUUUCCUCUGGACAGGGACUUAGACAAUAACCCUUUGACUCCUGUUAGUGAUCAGUAGGUAACUUCUCCUUGCAGUACCAAUAUACUGUCAAGCAAAGGGGUGAGGAGAAGAAGGGAAUGUAUAAACUAGGGGAUAUUGUUAGAUUGUACACUAAAUUUACAGAGCAAAAAAGAAAAAGAAUUAAUCAGCAGACAAUGAGGAGAAGGAAAAUUAAGUCAUUUGAGUGGAAAAGGGUGAAGUACUUAUAAAAAUGAAAUUUCUAGGAUGACCACUUAUCUUAAUUGUAAAGAGCUGAGCAUAUCACAAAAUAAACUGUGUGAAAAGCCAGGCUUAGGCAGGCUGGUGGCAAAAGGAGAUACAGUACAAACAUUUCACUAAUUGAGAUGGUACAGAUGCUGGAAAGAGGCAUGUUUCCACCCUGUUCUCCCAUGCAUUUUACCCUCAUGUUUUUCUUCACGUGUUUGGUCGGGAUAACAGUUACUAUUCUUUCUGCCUCAGUUGCAUGAAUACUACAAGAGAGUGUAAACAGUGAAUUACAUGUAUUUUUGAAGACCAAUUUCUUCAAGGUGCUUUGUGUUUUGUGCACUGACAUUGCAACUGGUUUCAAAUAAGACAGUUUUUGAGGUUCUACAUUCAUCAAAUAUCUUGUAUGCAUUAAAAUUCCAAGGGAACAAGCCACAGCAGAAACAAUGCAGGGUGUAAUUACACCAAACAAGUUUCCACAAUUCUUUGCAGCGCUAAUGUACUGAUCAAUCCAGUUUACCAAUACUUGUCAUACUAAAUGGCACUUUGCAAAAUUUAACAGAUCUCUUUGACAGUCCUCUUCUAGUAUCCUUUUAGACAGCUAUUUUUAUUUUAAUUUCUGUUUAAUACUAAUUUUUAAAUCACACAACAUUAAAAUAGGGGCUAAGAAAGUUCACCCCUAGGUCUUAAAAGAAUGAUUUCGUUGUGCAGCAUUUUGUCUCUUGAACAAAGAAGGAAUCAGUAAAUGUAUCAGGGUCAAAUAUUUGCUAGUUUUUGGAUGGAAACUGACAUUUUCUGACAGAGCUAAAAGUUACCUCUGCAGUAAGUCCUAUGUAUUUAUUUCUUUGUGACGUUUUGGUGAAUAACCCUACCUCAUCAGUAGAAAAUGGCACAGACCUGACAUUUAUACUGUUAUACAAGCUUUUUUAUUGGACAUGUUCUGGAGUGUGAAUUAGAAUAACCAGCAUCUAAUCUCGGGCAGUAGCCAUUAAUGCUACUCGCCAAGGUAAAUAAUUUCUCCAAUUUUCCCAUCAUUCCCUUCACACUGAGUGUUUCAAAAUGGCCGCUGAGUGAUCAGUUGCAGCGUUUCUCUAUUCACUGUAAGUUUGUCAAAUCAUUUCAGUAUGACAAAGCCUCAUCAUUACCAGAAUAUCCCAAAGACUCUGGAAAACGCUGGAGAGUUUCGGAUGUUUAUCUAUGAGCUGACAGAAUCUAAAAUAUUCAGUGUUGUCAUCCUUUUUGUAAUUCUUCUCAACACAGUCAUCCUGGUAAUUCAAACUGACGAAGCAUUUUCUGUGAAAGCAGGUUGGUAUCUAUCGGCUCUUGACAACGUCUUCCUUGCUAUCUAUUUCAUGGAGACAGUUGUGAAGCUGUAUGCACUUCGUUCGUUUUUCUUCACGACAGGAUGGAACAUCAUGGACUUUCUCAUCGUCCUUUUUACCAUGGUGGACUUUCUACUGCCGUUAAUCGUGCAGAAUGUCGGCUCCUUUGAUGUAGCAGCCAUCUUUAGGCUGCUGCGGAUGUUUAGAGCUAUCAGGGCGCUGAGAGCAUUGCGGGUGUUACGGACCAUCAGAUUUUUGAAGAAUCUACAAGUUAUCAUGACGACAAUCCUGAAAUCGUUCAGAGCGCUGAGUACAAUCGUUAUGUUACAGGGGCUCUUCCUUUAUAUGUUUGCGGUGAUAGGUCGCGGGUUAUUUUAUGAAGUAGCUCCCAGCAGGUUUGGUACACUGGGGAAGGCGUUCUUCACUCUGUUUCAGCUCAUUACUUUGGACGAUUGGUUUUUUAUGUACAGUGAUGUGGUGGAGAAAAAUCCAGGUUAUGGUUAUAUCAUCUUUUAUCUCAUCGUCUACAUCGUCCUGGAAAACUUCAUCUUCAUGAAUCUGUUCGUGGCAGUUCUGGUGGAUAACUUCCAGCGAACCAUCACCGCAGUGGAAAAGCCUCACAAGAAACACAGCGGGAUUCAGUACAAGAGUGUCUUUGAAGACGCAAAGCUAGACGAACGUGGAAGGGCGUACUCUUUCUCAGACAAUUCUUACUCCGAACUUGAAGUUUCAGUAGACGAGGAGGAGGAGGAAGAAGACUCCGACAUCGGGAUUGCGAAAAAAGUCGAGGACUACUAUCCUGAAAAUAAAUUCUCUGCCAGGUAGAAAUAGAUCGCAAGUUCCUACUUUUAGUUGCUUUAACCUUUUUACUCCUGAAGAUGCCUAACAAGUGAUUUCUCGUCAUAAUAUCAACACCAUUUCCAGUAAAAAGAUGAUGACAACAAUGAAAAGCGUCAACUCGACGAUAUCACGGUGUGAUCGAACUUAAACGCAAUUCUCACGGAUAAAAUUAUAAGAAAUGUUUGAAAGACGAUGUGGCUAAUUGAUUUUUGGAUCUUAAGAUUGCAAGGGCUCAACUGUUUUUUUUUUUUAGUAACUCCUUAGCAAAUUCUUGUAAACCCUAUAGCCCAUUA